GGCUUAACGGAUGACUCUAAUAAUAACUUAUUGGCAGCCCAGCCCAUUUGUCGUUCCCUCUUGUUUGAGUUGCUCGACUAAUUGAGUUAUCGUUGAUAAUCCCUCUUGGCAGAGCUCCGGCGAUCCGAUCUCUAAUUCCGAUGGAAUAUGAAGUUGUUGAACAUCAACCGAAACAAGAAAGGUUAAGGACAAGGUGGACAGCAUCCCUUGAUAAAAUCUUCGCAGACCUUGUUGUUGAGCAGAUUCAUUUGGGGAACAGAAAAAACAAUGUAUUUGAUAAGAAAACUUGGAAUCACAUACGGGAUGAAUUCAACCGACAGACUGACCUCAGCUUUAACAACAACCAACUGAGGAAGCACCUAGAUGUUCUACGAACACGUUACUACAAUUUGAAGUCUUCAUUUGAUCAGAAUGAUUUUGCUCUGGAUGAUUCCUGUUACACUGCCAUUGAUCUAUGGGACAUGGGGGUACAACUGAAGCCUGACUCAACCAAGAUCAAAGAUUGUCCGAUCCUUGAGCAACUAUGCACCAUAUUUGCUGACCUGGGAGCUGAUGGAAAAUAUGCUCAAUCAAGUCAUUAUGCGGAGCUGGACAAGUCAAAUCCUUCAGGCUUAGUUACAUGCUUGGAAAAUGAAAACCUUGCUUUUAAACCUCCAACAUUAACAACACCUACACAAGGGAACACUACUGCAGUAAAUAAUUUGAGCAAAAAAAAUGCCGAGAGAAAGAGAAAGCGAGCAGCAGACGAAGGGGCUAAUUUAGGUGACAACAAUAAGAAUAAUAUGCUACAUAAUGCAAUGGCAGAAGGCAUGUUGGAGAUGGUUUCUGCUUUGAAGUUGCAUAUGGCUGUGGCACCUCAUAGAGAUGAAAGGUUCUCAAUUUCAGCAUGCAUCAAAUGCUUGGAUGAGAUCGAAGGCGUUGAUGACUGGCUAUAUUAUGCUGCUCUGGACCUAUUUGAGGACCCAAAUCUGAGGGAGAUGUUCAUUUCUCUCAAGGGAAACAACGUAAAAUGGACAUGGUUGCAAGGGAAGUGUGGAAAUUUCAUCUAGUCUGAAGAUCUUGACUUCUAGUACCUAUUAGGAUAUUUCGUACUUGUCUUUCUUUUGCCAGUUUUUGGUACAUAUUGUUUGUAGGUUUUCUUCAAGAAAAGUCCGGUUUAUCCAGCUUGAUAUUUUGCCAGUUUAACAGCGAAAUGGCUGCAUAACCAUCUUGUUAGCAUGUCCUAGUUCUUUCAUGGUAUUUUAUGCCAGUUUAACUAUGGAAUUGCUGCA